AUGCACUACCAUAUCUACUUGCCUGUCAACGUUGCAAGGAAGAAAUUCACAAAAGCUGUUCUAGUUGGGCACGAAAUUGAAAACGCCAUUGUGGUGGUACAAUUUUUCGCCGAAUUGCCCAAGAACCUUGCUGGGUUAUCUGUUGUUGCCGGUUUGAACAAAUCUGUGGAGGGUCGUCCGCUGCUAGUGUACGAUGAGAAUUUGGGCAGGCAUUUCGUGGAAGAAGACGGCCACACAUACACGGUGGUGACGUUUGCGCCGCCCAAUCUUCGCAACUUGGAAUAUUUCACCGUAGAUGCCAUCUUGCUUCAAAGUACAGGAAAAGUGGAAAAGAGCAGCCCAGCAGAGACCUCCAUUGCUCAAUCUGUCUCAAUGCUACCGACAAAGUCGUCUCUGGAAGAGGGUUGCGCUGUUUUUGGCGAAAACGUGCUUGAAAAGAUCAACUCUUGCCAAAGCGACCGAGAUACACUAGAUCGCCUCAACAAGAGAUCGUGGCGGCUUCCGUCUACGCCCACGUUGAGCUGGGUACCUUCACAGCUUGUUUUCUUGCUUCACUUUCUAAUUUUUUGCAUGAUAUCUAUUCUUACGUUUUGCAUCAAUUGCCUCAACCACACUGUUUUAGGCACGUCAUUGGUGGAGCGACUGGCUUUUUUUAAACAGCUUGAUCUCCGCUUGCGCCAGGUGGCGUAUUUCCCCGCCCAGUUCUUGUUCUAUCGGAAUUCGGCCAUUCUCACCGACCCUAGUUCGGAUUGGCCCAAAAUCUUGCAGCUUCCCGUCUACAACGAAAAGUACAACAUCAACAACUCUAACUACAUCAACCUUUACAACUCCAUCUGGCUCAUUGUCAACGAUAUACUCAUCGGGCUCACUUUGCACAACACAUUUACGAAAAAUCGAGAGUUUUUGUUGAAAUUGUUGAACGAAACGCUACUCAAUGAUUUCGCCGUUGCCCAUCUCCAUCAACUCGUUCAGUGGGUCUCCAAAGAACAUCCUUAUGGAUUCAAGUUGAACGACGAGCUUGGCCAGUUUAUGGGGCUGAUGUUCACCUGGACAUUGGAGGCGUGGGGAAACCUUUUUCUACGAGCGCUUGAGAUUGCAAAUUCACAAAGCAUUUUCAUUUCUUACGUGUUCAAGUGCAUUUGCUACAUGGGGUUUCUGUUCAUAAUUGCCGCUGUUGUUGACUAUGUGAACCUCGUGACCAUCCACAUCCAUUUUUUCAAUGUUGUCACCACCAAAGUGUACUUUCGCCAAAUCGAGGCGCUCAAGUCGCUUUGGCAGUUGUUUCGGGGUAAAAAGUACAAUGUUUUGAGAAACCGUAUUGACAACCUUGAUGAGGAUCAGUUUAGGGUCGACAGGUUGCUUUUAGGUACACUUAUGUUCACCAUUUUGAUCUACUUGCUUCCUACGACGUUUGCAUUUUAUUUGCUCUUUUACGCUGCCGAAGCGCUCAUUCUUACUGGCGCAAAGUGGUGUAGCAAGCUUUUGGUGGUGCUCAACAUGUAUCCGUUAUUUGUGCUUUUGCUCAAGUUAAAGAAUUCAAGGAGACUUCAAGGAGGCAUCAUUUUCGAGUCUCGAGGAGGCGCCAAAUCGACCAAUUGGGUUCACAUGAGCAACAAGGCGUUGACAAGUGAAGAAAUAUUUGUAAAUUUCUGGCGGGUGUUCAGAAACGAGGGCAAGAUUGAACGGAUUGUGUUGAACUUUGCCGAGGGCCGUCACAUUACGGUCAGAGACACGGCGUCAAUGAAAUUUCACUACUUGAGGCUCCCGGCGCAAUACGACAAAUUGAUUGAACACUGGAGAAGUGCAGGGAAAUGA